AUGUCAGUGCAAAGGUUUCUGAAGUUAGAGGAAGCAUUAGAACUAUUCAAUAGUUUGGAGUCAGAUGAGAGCGACGUUGAAAUUGCUGCGUUACCACCAGAUGCCAGUGAACUGACUGACGAAGAUGAAGGGGAUGAGAAUGAAGGUUUUCGAGCUACAGGAACCAUACGAGAAAAUCGGACAAACCACGAGUGUCCUUUAGAAGAAUCGAAGUCUAUGCAGAAGAAAGAAAGAGGCACGUCUGAUUUUGCAUUUGACGAGAAAUCUGAGAUUUUCCUGGUGCGAUGGAAUGAUAAUAGUGUUGUCAGUGGUGCUACAAAUUUCAGCACUUUAGAACCAUUCUUUGAUGAGAAAAGGCGAGUGAGAGGACACAAAGAUAAAGUUAACGUGAAGAUGCCAACCCGAAAGUGCUCUCGAAAGGUUGGUAGUAGGAGAGGGAGACCCUAG